AGUUAUUAUCAAAUUGUAUCAUGGUAUCGGAGCUAAGGCUCUCAAAAACCUAGCCUCUCUUUUUUUCCGACCGCCGCCCACCAUGGCAGCCCCGUCGGAUCCUUUGGCGUCCUUACCCUCCGGAGUAAAACUUUUACUUCGGAGUCUCCACAACUUAAUUCCAGAAAAACUCACCGAAACAAAUUAUCCGGCAUGGUCUCUCAAUGUCCAGACAGCUCUUUCAGCUAAUCUCCUCCUUGGAUGGAUUGAUGACAGCUCUUUCAGCUAAUCUCCUCCUUGGAUGGAUUGAUGGUCAUGAAGCAGCCCCGGCGCCAACUAUCUCCAAAAACGAUAAAACCGUCCCUAAUCCAGAGUAUACCUCCUGGACCAUCGUUGACACACAGAUCCGCGCAUGCCUCCUAGCGGUCAUCAGCCCCUCCGUUCACAAACAUGCUCGCGGCUUCACCACAUCUGCUGCCCUCUGGGAUGCUUUGGCCGCACGGUACAACUCCGUGUCCACCGCUCAUGUUUAUCAGCUUCGCGACAAACUCCACACUCUUCGUAAAGGUACCAAAACUAUGACACAAUACCUUGAUGAUGUGGCAACUAUUCUCUCGGAUCUCGAUGUCUUGAAAGAAGAGAUCCCUGAACGUGAUGUGGUGAAUGCUGUUAUUCGUGGUCUUCCCACCGAAUACUCAUCCUUUAAGCAAAACAUUCGCAUGAACAAUAUCAAUAUUUCGUUAAAUCAGCUUUCUGGAUGGCUGAUCUCCGAAGAAAUAAACCUGGAGAUGGAGAAUAAACUCAACCUCACCGAGUCUACCAUCACCGAACCUCGCACAACACUCCUCGCUACGAACGGUCGAGGUCGCGAUAGUGGACAAUCCUACCAACCAGGUGCGGUACAAAGGCCUCUGUGAGCAUGGGUUAUGCACACUUCCUUCCAAACUCCCAACCGUUGCGUAUCAAGCUAUCCAAGAGUCCACUUGGCAUCGUAGACUCGGUCAUCCAGCUCCUGCGAUUGCCAAAUCUAUUUUGUCUUCCUUAGGUUUUCAGUUUUCAGAGCCUUUACAUUGUGAAUCAUGUUAUGUCUCUAAGUCCUGUCGUUUACCUUUUGAAUUGUCUGAACAUAAGG